CAAGUUUAUUUGUAAAUCCUACAAUAUUGGGAGCUGAAGAAUCAUGAAGAGUAAUAAUCAAAGAUAGUCUUAGGCAUUGCUAGUGUUCAUUAUGAGCUUUGAUGCCCGACUGAAGGCUAGCCUUAGUUGUUACUUGUUACUAGGUGUCUCUUUGAUGAUGUUGAUCUCUAUAUUUUGAAAGAUGCAGAUGGAAACGAAUGGAAUUCAUGUACCUUGUAAGUUGUAAGUUGUAAGUUGGUUUCUCUAAAGAGAAUCUUGCGUUACUCUGAAUCCACUGCCUCACCAAUUUCUUUUGUGAAAUAUAUUUUAUUUUUAAAAAUCUAUAUAUUUUAAAACUUAUAGAUAUAUACUUUUUUUUAUUUAAGUUGUUUCAUAAAAUAUGAAAAAAUAAAAAUAAUGUUUUUAUAUAUAAUUAUAUAUUAAAGGAAAAAGGACAUAAAGUUAAAAACUUAAUUAGAAAUUUAUCAAGCAGAAAGGAAAUAGAAAUAAUCUUAGUAAUGUCAAUUAUGUGUAAUUUACAAUUCUUUAAGGUUAUGUUUGUAAUUAUGUUCGAUUUAGUUUACAAUUCUUUAAGGUUAUGGUAUCUUUAUCGGUUUUCCCAAGUCGGAUAUCGUAUAUCGUGCGGGCCUAUAAGGAAUAACACUAAAACAUAUACAUUGAACCCUAAGUAGAAACGAUUCAAGUCAUUGAAAAGAAUGAGGGUUUUCAGGAAAAAAGUAUCGUUGAGAUGGAUUAACAAGAGAAGACGAGAGAGAUCAUCCAGACAUGACAAAUCGCAAACAAAACAUAUCCCUCUUGAUCUAACCAUGGAGAUACUCUCAAGACUUCCUGUGAAAUCAAUCGUGAGAUUUGGUUGUGUCUCGAAGCUAUGGUCUACUUUAACCAGACAUCAGAGUUUUAUCAACUUGUUCGCAUCUCGGUCAUCUUCAGGGCAACCACGUCUUCUGGUCACCUUCUCAACAUGUUAUAAGAAAUAUGGUAUAUCGUUUCCUCAACACCAAAAUCCUGACGGCUCUUAUCCUCCCUUCUACAGUUUCCAAAUUAAAAACACUAGUUAUAUGAGAUAUGUUCGAUCCAAGAGCGUUGAGGGAUUGAUUUUACUACCCGGAUUCAAAAUUUGGAACCCAACCUUGAGGCAGUUUUUAGCCUUACCACAUCCCAGUGAACAUCCGAGUCAAGAUUGUGAGUGUUAUUUAGGAUACGAUCCUUUGGAGGGUAAACACAAAGUUCUCUGCAUAGUAGAUAAAGAAUAUUCCGAGGAGUUGCAAGUUCUUACAUUGGGAGCUCAAGAAUCAUGGAGAGUAAUAACCAAAGGUAUCCCUAUGCAUUUCCCAACUGGAGGACUUGGGCGAUGUUUCAAUGGAAUUCUGUAUUAUGAAGCUCGUCUUCUUGGUGAUGGUAAAAAUAUAAUAAUGAGCUUUGAUGUCAAAUCUGAAAGUUUUAGUCCGAUAAAAUAUCCGGAGGGUCCUUCUCAUUUGAUGCUUGAUAUAAUACAGGGAAGGCUAGCCAUGGUUGCAUUUUGUUCUUUCUCAAAUAUUGUUGAUCUCUACAUUUUGAAGGAUGAAGAUGGACACGAAUGGACGCAUCAACGCUUUCUUAACAUAUUUGGUAAAAGCAAACUAUGGCUGGAACCUGUAUAUUUCAAGGGUAUUACUGAUGAUGGUGAACUUGUUUUUGCACCAAAUACAUUUCCAGAGCCGUAUUAUAUUAUAUAUUUCGAUCCGAAGAAAAAUAGUACUAGAGAAGCUUUAUUUCAAGGAGUUAAAGGUGAGAUUAGACGCCGUCUUGGACCUUAUAUCUACUAUUACAAUAGGGUUGAUUUCCCAAAUCACAUCGAGAGUCUCUCGUCUUUGUAAAAGCAGCACUCUCACUCGCUCAAUGCUCUUCCUAUAUUUCCUUUGGUUCCCUUUCAUUGACAAUUAUUUUUUAAUGAAAACUAUAUGAUUAGCUUAUGUAUUUAUGAUAUUUGUUUGAUCAUUCUUUCAUUCUCACUAAUGUGCUCUGCUAAAAAUAACCAAACUCUUAGUUUUGAAAAUUAGAAAAAGACCUCACUAGGAAACACAUGGAAAAUAUAAUCACAUGAGAAAGACAUAACCAUGUGGAAUUCUGUUUUUUCAACAUCACAAGUUUAUUUGUAGAUCUUACAUUGGGAGAUCAAGAAUCAUGGAGAGUAAUAACCAAAGAUAUCCUUGGGCAUUGCCAGACUGAAGCAAUGGGCAAUGCUUCAGGGGAAUUCUGUAUAGCUCGUGUUCUUUGUGAUGAUCAUUGUAUCAUCGUGAGGUUUGAUGUCAAAUCUGAAAACUUCAAUGCUCCGAUAAAGUUUCCAGAUAAUUUAACUAAUUUUGUUUCUCAUACGAUAAUCGUCUUAUGAGGGAAGGCUGCUAGGUGUCCUUUUGAUGAUAUUGAUCUCUAUAUUUGAAAGAUGUUGAUAUGCGCUUUCUUCAUAUACCUUGUAAGAGGGGAUGGGGGACUGGUGCUGGUGAGCCAAUAGACGCGCCAUAAAGUGUGUUCUGAAUUGUUUUAGGUUCUAUAUUUCGAUCAAGGGUACUAGAGAGGCUCUUGCCUUUCUACAGCCACCAUCUUCGUAGCCCAAUGCUCUUCAGUGUUACUUUGUUCUUUGUUUCCCCUUUCAAUUACAGUUAGUUUAUCUUCUGUUAAAUAAUGUGAUUAUCUAAUGUUUUUUAACUUUUUAUUGUGUUCCAUUGUGUACCUCAGUGUUACUUUGUUCUUUGUGUAUCACUCAGUUCAUGUCCGUGCACUUACUUAGAUUUUCUCUCAAACUAUUUAUCACUCUUCUUUUGCGUUAGGGUACUGACUCUUACGGCAAAAUUUAAGGAAGAUCACUAGGGUGACAAACCACAUUAACCUCGUUAAGCAAGCAUCAAUGAUGGUUCCUACUAAACUGAAUAUUUGGUUGAGAACCAUAUGACUUCAUAGACUCCGCUGAUUCCUAAAUAAACAGAAUAACACAUUCUAGCACAUUUUUUAGACAACAAACAAGAAUCACGUAUGUUAUGUGCCCGUCUCAACUAAAAAAUGGGCCAUGUACUAUAGAAGAAUUUGAGACUUAUUUUCUCAUACAAAAAUAGCUUCUAAAAUAUUGAUUCCUAAUCUAAGCUAAAAAAGCCCAAAAAUUGCAACGGGUCCUGUGCAAAUGUGCCUCCAGCAUAUGCUUAGGAUCGGGCCUACUUAUAUAUGAGUAAAACUGAAAAGGAUAUUUGUUUCCACGCAAGAUUCAAAAGUCAUACAGCUAUCAGAACAUUAAUUCAACUACAAUAAAAACUCAAAAAAUUAAUACUCGAAAAAUUAAUAAAUACUAUCAAUUAAUAAAUUUUUCUAGUUUCAAGUUGGACAGAUUCAAAAUAUGAUACAAAUUAUAUUAUAAUAAGAUAAUAUUUAUUUAGUAAAAUAUAUGGUCACAUUAAAAUUAUAAAUUAAAAAAAAAAUAUAUAUAUAUAUAAAUAAAAAGGGGAAAUUUUUAUGUUUACCACUUUCAUGAAAGGAAAAAUUUCAUGUUUACCACUUUCAUGGUACCACUUUCAUAUUUGCCACCACUAAAGGGAUAUUUUCAAAGUACAUUCUUCAUUAAGUGGCAAAAGACACUUAUACCCUUGUUAUAUAUAUAAUAAAUUAUUAUUUAAAUAAAUAAAUAAAUAAAUAAUAUUUUUUAUGUUUUCUAAUUAUACUUUUUCAAAUUCGAACUUUUUAUAAUUCUUUUUUGAAUUUUUUUUUGAUUUUUUUUAAAUUUUCUUUCUGAAAAUUGAAAAUUAUGUUUGAAACUAUUUUUUAAAAUUUUUAAGUAUUUAUUUAUAUAUUUAUUAAAAUCAUAAAUUUCAUAUUUCAAAAAACAUAUCACACCUCUUAACUCUAAACCUAAGUCUAGAUUAGUUAAUCCUAUGGGUAUAAGUAUCUUCUACCCUUCAUUAAAACUGGAGGUAAAAGUAAUUAGUGUAGACAUAAAAAUGGUAUUAUGAAUGUGGUAUUUGUGGUAAUUUUCCAUGAAUGAAGAACAUUAAUAAUUAAUUUAUGGUUAGUUUGAUAAAAAAAACUUAUUAUAUAUUUAGAUGGACCAAUCUAUUUCCUUAGAAAUUUUUAAAAAUCAUUGUGGUGAUGACACAUGGAAACCUCAAAUGUUGUAAUGUUCCUCUUUUAAUAUACAAAAGAUAUAUAAAAAUAAUAAUACGCGUAGACUUCACCAUAUACGAUAGACCAUGAACCAAAAUAGUUCUAGUACUUUAUAACAAAUGGAAAUUAUGUUCCAUUAAAAAUAAAAAAUUAAGUUCUAUAUUUUUAAAACUAGGAGUUUUGUCGCGGACAUAAUAAUUUUACAAAUAAUUAUAGAGGAAAUUUUAUGUUUACCAUUUUCAUGAAACAAUCACUUUUCAUCUUUACCACCACAAAUAAUUAUUGUUUUUUUUAAAUGGUAAACAUAAAUUUAUAGUUGAACGACUACUUUUCAUAUUUACCACCAGAAUCCUGAUAAGGGGUCUUAUCCUCCGUUCAACAGUUUUCGUAUCACAGAACCUUACUUUUUGAGGAGCUGUGUAUGUAAGAGCGUUGAGGGAUUGAUUUUAAUAUUAGGCCCUGACGGAUUAGUAAUUUGGAAUCCUACGUCUCAACGGUUUUCAACCAUACCACAUCCCAGUGAAAAAUACGCUGGGACGAUCAACCAAAAUUGUUAUGUGUUAUUUAGGAUACGAUCCGUUGGAGGGUACGUAAACACAAAGUUCUCUGCAAAGAAUUUAACGAAUAUUCCGAGGAGGUGCGAGUUCUUACAUUGGGAGAAUAAUAACCACUGGUAUCCCUAUGGCAAUGCAUUCAUCAAUUGCAGGACGUGGGCGAUGCUUCAGUGGAGUUCUGUAUUAUGAAGCUCGUUUUCUUGGUGAUCAUCAUGAAAUCAUAAUGAGUUUUGAUAUCAACUCUGAAAGUUUCAAACCGAUAAAAUAUCCGGAGGCUCUUUCUCGUUUGGUGUUUGAUAUGACACCUUGUGAGGGAAGGCUAGUCUUUGUUACUCACAGGGCCGGGCUUAAAUAGAAACCCAUCAAGCAUGUACUUGGACCCGACGAAAAUAUAUAAGGUUUAGGGCCAUUAUUAAACAUAAAGAGCAUGUAGUUCUAAUGGUAACAUGGUUCUAAGUGUACAAUUGGAACUGAGUUCGAUUCCCCUAGGGCCGAUAUUUUUUUUUGCUUGUGUACCAAUAUUUUUCAGGCCCGGCCCUGGUUACUCAUAGCG